UAGUAAAUUUAGUAGAGUUUUUGGAAAAUUUAAGGGAUUUUUGGGAAUUUGAGGGACAAAUUGGGUGGUUAAGGGUAAAGGAAGGGAGAUGAAGGAAGGAUUGGGGGGUUUUGAGGAAGGUGGGUUUGAUGGGGCAUUUUAGGGGAUGAAGAGAGAUAGAGUUACGAUGGAGAGUUUGGAAGAAGUAGGUUUGUGGUGGGAGAGUAAAACUUGGGAAACAGUAUGAGGAGAGAAUUAAUAAUUUAUUAAUAAACCCCAAAUUGGAUUUGAAAUUCAAUAAGACUUAGCUAUUUUAUUAGAAUAAACAUUUAUCAAAUUGUUAAUAUCUUCUUUUAAGACAAAGGAAAGUUUCUCUGAACCCUCUCGAAAUAUAAAUGAGCCCAAAAAUAAUUUAAUCUUCGCCCUCAUGUAAUCAUGCUUAUAUUCAAAGAGAAAAUUUUGAUGAAGAACAAGAUCUCUGAAAUCUUAGAAGGCAUGCAACAAUACGACCAAAAGGAUAAGAAAAGAGCUUAUAUCCCAGUUAUUCCAAAAUAUGUGCUUACUUCUCGAAAUAAUAAAUAAAAAUACAGGCUUGCUUCAUCACACACGUAAAGGCUUCAAUGAACUCCAUAUUACCAUAAAGCCAGAUCUAUAGAACAACUCUGCAACGAAAUAUAAUCAUAGGGAUUAUCCCAGCAUUGAGAAAAGUUUGAGAAAGUUUGUGAGCUUAAGUCCUAACAGAAAUAAUAGCCCUACAUUGGCUAAUUUUCCUUUAAAGAACCACACUUUGGCCAAAACUAAAAAGAUCGAAUCGCCACAACUAAGUCUUAAAAAUAGUCUUUUACUACAAAAGAUAAAUGAGGGUGUCAAGAAAUCUUCUAAAAUAACGAAGAAGGUUCCUUUAAUCCCAGAAUAAAAAGUAGCUAAAAUGAAAAAAUUAAGAAUCUAUUAAAUACUCAAACUCCUCUAAGAAUUCCCAAAAACGUAUGAUACAAAAAUAGAGGAGGAGAGAUUAUAGUAGAGAAACCAAGACAGCUAUCACCAGCACCACAUAUUGCGACUCCAGUUACUUCUUUCACUUCAACUUGCCUAAAAUGUGCUAAAGAUGAAUACUCUUGUAAUAAAUUUCAGAAAUCUAGUAUCUUUUAAUCGAUCAGGAGAACUACUCAUAAGAUACUCUAAUCAGGCCUUCCUUCUUAAUGGUCAAAAGAUGACUAGAUUGCCUUCACGAAACUUAGUAAAUAAAGCAAACAGCAGAAGUUUGGUAAAGGACCUUAAAUCUCAAAGACUAAAGAGAAUACUAAAAGGCACACAGAAGAAGAGGACUAACAUGUGUGGGAUCUCUGCAUGGAAAGAUACUGAAGUGAACCCAUUCGACAUCUAUCUGCUUAAAAGAUAAGCCACAUAUCUUACUCUCUUAAUACACUCC